AUGGGACUCGGAGUCUCUUAUGCCACCACGCUGCACAAGAAAAACCUGACUCACAAAUCCCGGGAACCGGCGUCGCUCCUCCUGUUUUCUAAUAAGCGCCUCUGGGCUCAGAAGGUGCUUGUCAAUGAGACGGUCUCUGGCUUCAUCGGGACCGACGUGGUCCUUCACUGCAACUUGGUCAAGAUCAAUCACACGAGGAUCACCCAGGUCACCUGGCAGAAGGCCAGUAAUGGCUCCAAGCAAAAUGUGGCCAUCUACAACCCCGUCAUGGGGGUCUCCAUCCUGCCCCCCUACGAGGAGAGAGUGGUCUUCCAGAGCCCCUCCAUCACCGAUGGGACCAUCAAGCUAUCCAACCUCCAGUUGGACGAUGAAGGGAUCUACAUCUGUGAGUUUGCCACCUUCCCCACUGGCAACCGGGAAAACCAACUCAAUCUCACUGUAUUGGCCAAACCAGUGAACCGGAUGGAGGGCACCUCCAGACCAUUGAUUGCCAGGGCCGGCAUGACAGAGAAAAUCCUGGUGGCCACCUGCAUAUCCUCCAAUGGGAAACCUCCUAGCACUGUGACCUGGGACACUAAACUGAAGGGCGAGGCAGAAUUCCAGGAGAUCCGCAAUGAGAAUGGCACCAUCACUGUGAUCAGCCGCUACCGUCUUUUACCAAGCCGAGAGGCCCACCAGCAGCAGCUAAAGUGUGUGGUCAACUACCAGUUGGAGCGUUUUACGCAGAGCAUGACCCUCAACGUGUUGUAUGAACCUGAGGUUAGAAUCGAUGGUUUUGACAGUAACUGGUAUCUCAACCGGAAGGAUGUCAAACUGACAUGUAUAUCAGACGCCAAUCCCCCCGCCAUGGAGUACCAAUGGAAGCGCUAGCCGGAUGGCAAGCUUUCUGCUAAUGGUCCAAGGGUUUUGUGUUCUGUUUUUGACAGGCUGAAUAGCUCGCUGCCCGACAGUGCCGAAAUUCAAAACAGCACUCUGUUCUUCAAAGGACCGGUCACAUACAGCCUGUCGGCGACGUAUAUAUGUGAAGCCACCAACACCAUCGGCACCCGAUCUGGGCAGGUGGAAGUGAAUGUCACAGAUAAGCCGUUGCCCCAGGGGGGUUUAGGAGGCGUUUUGGGAAUCCUGGGGGUUGUGAUUGCUGCUCUUUUCAUUAUUGGUGGGGCUGUUACAGUCUUCAUCAUCUACAGAAGACAGAAGAAGAAUCGGUCAGACACUGAAAAUGACCUGAUAGACCUCCCUUCUUCCCAGAAACCUGCUUCUCUGCCCCUCAGCCAGAAUCAAGAAGUGAAAAGCCAACUGACUGCAGAGAAUAUCCAGGUUGUGCACCUGGAUAACAUGAAGGAACAAGAGGAAGAGGUCCAGAAGACAUCAUCCCAGCCCCCCUAUUAUGACAUGGCAGCUACUGAGUCUACUCCUAACCCUGAGAAGUUGCCCUACACGUUGCACAGGCAUAAUUUCCCGGGAGCAGCUGUCAAAGGCUUGCAGAGAAAAUUGGAAGGCUGGGCCCAGCCUUUGCUGCUGCUGGUGAUGGACGCGGAGCCCCUUCCAGGCUGA